UCCACUUUAAUAGAAUAAACUGAUCCGUCAGUGUCAGUUAGCAGAGUGGAGUGAGAUUAAUGAGCUCUGCUCGCCAGAGGAUUGCUUUAGUUGAUUUACAACUAAAUCAGUCUUUGGCGUGCCGUUGAUGUGAAUAUUUUUGUUUGCUUAUCGAUCUUCUCAUUUUUUUUCCGGUGUUUUUAUUUUCUCUGCAAAAAGGAUCGCGAUAUUUAUUUAUUUUUUGGUUAAAUUAGUGUAUUGAAGAGACGUUAAAAAAAAAUUAAGAAGAGCCAUGAAGAGUUUGCUCAUAAUUGUGAUAUUUAUCCUCGUUGCGGGAUCAGUGAUUUAUGGUCAAAGAAUGGGUGGAUUGAGGGGUGGUCGUGGACGUGGGAGGCUCAAUUGGAAUAGUGGAAGGAUCCCAACGAAUAUCCAGCAUAGAUCACCAUCUGCAGUUACAUACUAUGACAAUAAAGAUGGGGCUAAAAUUGUCAAAUCGUCUCAUUUUGAAUUUGAUUACAUGCUCGGAAGGAAGAUAACAUUCUUCUGCAUGGCAAUUGGGAUACCACGGCCAGAGAUAACAUGGUUCAAGGAUGGUGCUGAAUUGUACCAACAUAGAUUCUUUCAGGUACACGAGUGGACAAUUGGCAAUGAUACAGUGAAAUCUAAAAUGGAGAUUGAUCCAACGACGCAAAAAGAUGCCGGUUACUAUGAGUGUCAGGCCGACAAUCAGUAUGCCAUCGAUCGUAGGGGUUUCCGCACUGACUAUGUGAUGAUUAACUACUAAUCAAUCCUCCAAAAUAUUUAAUCCCUCUUUUUUUUUUCUACAGAACAGCAGUAAUUUUAAAACAAAAAAUUGUAUUACCAAAAUAUUUUCAUGUUAAUUUUGAAAAUAUAAUAAUGUAUCAGAAUAAAGUUAAUAAUGUAAGUUUACCGAAUGAUUGAAUAAAUUAUGGAAAUUUUUUGCAUUUAAAAUUUGCCAAUCUCUCUCAGCACAUGAUAACCCAUCUGAAAGCCACGAAAUAUCCAUUUGAUACCGACAAAUACUUUUAAUUUGGAUAAAUGAAAUAGCGCAAUUUCUGUUCCCCAUGCCGCAUACAAGAGAGCUUUAUUGAACGGCGAG